CACCAGGCAUAGACAGGACAGGCGUGCAGCCCCAAACGGUGGGCCAGACGCCAGUUGCACCUACGGUCAUAAGCACUGUCCACACCCGAGGCCGUGACGGCAGACUCGACCUCCGCUCGCAAGCCUUCAAGGGUUAGCACGUUAGAUGGCGGAACGGGACUGGCCCCGUUCUCCUGGGAGGAGGCGCUAUCGAGUCUGUUCAGAUUAGCCUUCGCAUCGGGGUUGGAUUUGGUCUCCGCGUUGGGCUCCGAGUAGGCAGGCGCAGGGGCAUCCGCAAGGGGCACGACAACGUCGGGGAAGGAUUGUCGGUCUUUCCACAGAAAGCUGAGUUUGUCCAUCAUGGCGCAGGGGGCUUCAAGUCGCAAAGGGGAAGCAAGAUUAUCCGGUUCGGGCUGUGGGAGGCGCAAUGGUGAGGUGUCGCAAUCGAAGUUAUGGAACUUGCCGCGGGGCUAAAUCAAUGCUGCUUGGGUCAGAAUCGUUGCUGCGGGGAGAAUUCGAUGAGGCGCUAGGCUGGAGAAAUAGAGCUGCUGCACUGGACGGGCUGAAAGCCGAGGGAGACCGUGGAGUCGAUUCGAGGGCGCAAUGGUAUUAUGACAGUUGGAAAAUUCCACUGGCAAAUAAGAUCGCUGUCGGGCUGAGAUGGUGGCGCGCUUGGUUUGCGUCGUGGCGCGAAGGGUUGCAAAAAAGUUAUGGAACCUGCUAUACUCGUUUAGAAACAUCGUUCUCCGCAAGACCCGAUUCUGCCAUGGGUCCGGGGAAUCUGAGAGGGAAAUGGAUGAUUACACGUCGGUCCCGUAUACCGCAGGCAAAGAGAAGCGUCGCGAAUGGGGUGGCUCUAUCUCGAACUAGAGGUGCUGGAAUACGAAGCCAAACAACCAAAUGCUCUCUAUCGGACAAUAACAAACAACGCGUGAUUUUUGAUCGAUUCAACUUUUGUGACUGCGUUCUAUACUCGAGGCAAGAAGCAAAGGCGACACGUCGGCAGCACGUAUGUAUCCCGUGUUUGAACGGGGGGAGGAUGAAGGAAAGAGAAAGACGCGGUAGGUAGGAACUUUCCACCGGCAAAGGGGGGCCUGGGAACG